CUCAAAAUGGCUUUUUCUUGGCCUUCAAAGCAUCAAAAAACGAGCAAAACUAGACUAUAAGCAGGUCAAUGUAAAAUACAAUGCAUUGUUCUGGGUGUCUGGGUACAAAGUGCCUGACCAUUCCAAGAAAAGCACACAAAACAUGGUAGCGAUGUGACUUUAGCCUCCUGCCGCACAUUGCUCAAAGUUUUUUCCACACGUAGACGACAGCUUAGAUUCAAGUCUCCUGUCUGGAUAAGAAUGGCUCGCCAUGGACGACGCAGCGUGCUGAGCGUGUGCCUGGGUGCCGCGGCGUUGGUGCUGUGCUGGCAGAUGGUGUCGCCUGCCUUCAUUCAGCCCAAGCAGAACCGCGGCUUGGAAGCGGCUGCCCCUGCUGCGCUGGGUGCAUUGGCUUCCAUGGCAGGAACCAUGCCAGCUGAGGCCUUGAAGGGCCCCCUUGCUGGCACCGACUUGUGCACCAAGCCUUUGAUCUACUUCAUCUACCCGCUGUGCGACCCUCUCUUCUUGGUGUGCCCCCUCUACAACUUCCCCUUGGUCUUGGGCUUCUUCGCGGCACUGGUCACGGUCAUCAACCUGAUCCUGCCUGAGACGCAGCCAGAUGAGGAUCUCCGUGUGGGAUAGAUUAGGUCAGUUUUACACUAAAGACUUGUAACUUAGUUCUUCAAAGUCACACAAUCCCGAACGCAUCGUCAAUCAGCCUGACAAAA